AUGAAGAUCUCUACUUUGGCAUUUGUCUGCCUUGCAGGCUCUGCCAAUUCCUUAAUUGUGAACAGCGGUCAAAAUGUUGACUACGACAAUAAGAAUGGACGCUAUAUUUCCGAAGCCAUAGUCAAACGGGGCGGCAGAUUGGCAUUUCUGAAUUUUGGAUCUGUAACAAUUGACAAAGUGCAUAACGAAGGUACCUUCGUUCAAGCAAACGACGAUGAGCUGACUUUCAAGUUGCAAGACUCUUAUUACAACUCUGGUCUGUUUGUUUUUGACGGGCCAGCAUCUGACGCGACGGAUAUCAGUAUUAAUCCAUCGACCUUCAUCAAUGAGAACGAGUUCAAGCUCACUCUCCGUUCUCCUAGCAUGGUGGAAAUUCAGUCCACAGGGGAGUGGACUAACAACGGUUCCAUUGAAAUCAACUCUUUGCAAUCGUCUGGUCAACAAUCAAUCAAGUUGGGAGGUCGCAGUAGUGCUAGACUGACCAAUAACGGUGCCAUUUGUCUCUACAACGCUCUCUGGAAUCCUUACAGUAUCACUGGAAAAGGUUGCAUAAACGUUGGCAAUAAUUCGACAAUUCACCUCAAGGGUACGGCCAACGAUGUUGGUCCAGAGCAGACCAUUUAUCUUUCCGAGAAGAACUCGCAGGCAAUUGUCAAUUUUGCAGCCUAUAGGCGCCGAGACUGGAAAGGCAAUGGCCAAAAGCCCAACUUAGUGAGAGGUUUCCAGAAUGGUAACAGGUUGACCCUCACAUUUCCCGUCGCCACACUCAACUAUGAUAAGAAGCUGGGUAUUUUGUCUGGUCUCUCAGGAGAGUUUGCCACCGAAAAUUAUGCGUUUGACAUUGGAACACAGUACGAUGCACAGAACUUUGAAAUCAUUGAUAAGCGUACGAUCAUCUAUAACAAAGAGGCACCAGUUAGAGACGUCGAUCAUUGUUCUUGUGGCUUCAUUGAUGUCCCAGUCAAGAGCUCUACAUUGUCUUCUUCAACUAUUUCGUCGAAAUCCAGCUUGGCGCCCUCAACCCAAAAGGGAACCACGUCAAAAGCAAUUCCAUCACAGAGUCUGAGCUCAUCUCUCAGUACAUCCUCUAACAAAAAAUUGUCAAGCAGCUCUCAAAGCAGUCUUAGCCACAAGGCCUCAAGCAGCUCUCAAAGCAGUCUUAGCCACAAGGCCUCAAGCAGUGCUGAGAGAACUCAAGUAUCGACUGAUAGAGUGUCUACAUUGACACUGAACCUGAAGCUGGCUGAAAAAACUUCUGGAACAUCAAGCUAUGUUCUUUCUGCGCUGAGCUUAGAGUCUAAGAUUUGGUCAUCCUAUUCCAAUACGACUCUCAAAGCCUCUACCUCGAGUUCAAAUGCUUUACCUUCUUCAUCUGCUGUAACAGGUAAUUCAAAUGUUCCAACAUCUUCUGUGAAAUCAUUGGAAUCAUCCAAGGGCCCUGAGAGCCAUUCCAAAGACUCAUCAAGCCGUUCAUCUAAGAGUCCAUCAAAAUCCUCUGAGAGUUCUUCUCUGACUGAAGUUAAGUCCAAUGGGGCUACAAGCGUAGCCACAACGAGUCAAGUUCAUUCAACGACAACCUCCAGAUCUCACAUCGUUUCAAAAUCAUCCAGCUCUGUAGUAGUUACCGAUCCAAGAACCUCGCAAGGCGUUUCUCGCUCGGCUUCGAAACCAUCUUCCAGCAAAGCUCUGAUUAACUCGCAGACUUCGAUUAAAUCUGAGUCCAGUAAGGUUUCUAAAGAGAGUUUGAAACCAUCUGGGUCGCCAUCUCUCUCAAAGUCGUCCUCUCAAUUGGCCAGUUCAAGACCAGUUUCGACUUCGAUGAUGUCUCGCCCUUCGGCAUCAAAAUCUCAAUCGAACAUUUCCUCUAGCAUCAUCUCCCGUCAUGUUUCAUCUUCAUCUUCAACUAUUUCUGCUACAUCAGGAUUAAGUUCCAAUUCAAAGAGCACUUUGAAAUCUUCGGAGCUUGCACUGAGCUCACUCACGGGCGCUUCUAGGUCGAGAGGAAAGAGCUCUUCAGAAAGUUCCAAAUUAAGCGAAAGCCAAGCCAAGUCUACCCUCCAAUCGAGCAUGACUUCGAAGUUCAGAACUACCACUACUACUAAGAACAGCUAUGCUUCCAGUUCCUCUGAGAUCCCUCUGAGAAGUCCAACUUCAAACUGGUUGUCAUCUAGCAAAAGUUUGGAGAAGGAUUCGAAGUCUAGCUCAGGAACUGAAUCCCUCUCUAGAAGUAAAUCCAUAAAUACUCCUGCCCUUUCGAGUGGAACUUCAUCUCAAACCCCAUCAUUAUCAGCUUCUUCAGGUGCCUCAAGGUUUUCUUCCGCUGCUUCAUCCCUGAGAGUGAUUGAGCAAAAAUCUGUCUCUUCAACGGAAUCAUCCGCUGCCUCCAGAACAGACCCAACUUCCGAUUCAAGAUUACCUUCUGAAGUUAGCUCAUCGACUCGUGGCUCCUCCUCUAAUCUGAGCGCCAACAAAUCGAAGCCAAAUUCUUCAGUAACUAAAGCAUCAUCCGAGUCCCUGUCUCUUCACUCAUCUACCAAACGUUCACCUUCAAUCACUGGAAGCGCAAGUCAAUCUGCUUCCAAUGUUUUGAGUACCUCCACUGCAAGCUUGACCCAAGCCAGAACAUCUACUGUGAUCAUCACGUCUUGUGAGAAUGAGCAUUGUUUUGAAGUGACUGCUACGGUUGUUAACCCAUCCACUGCUUUCUCUACAAUGACAUCUAUGUCUUCAGGUUCAACCUUGGUUCAGACUAUUUGUGAAGAGGGAAGAUGUCUGGAUUCCAAAAAUGCACACCAUAGUUCGGCAUCAAAUGGUCCUCUCGAUCAUACUGUUAUAACUCAAACAAUUUGUCCCGAGUCCGGUAGUUGUCAAGAAUCCGUUGUUACCCUCGAGGCAAGCAGCACUAUCACUUCUACACCAGCCGUAGCUCCUGUCACUACGAAGACCGUCUGUCCUGAAUCCGGUGCAUGCUUUGAGACAACUGUCACGGCUUCUCAUGAAGCACUCGCUACACUCACAACGAUUUAUUCCACUGCAACUGAGACUAUUUGCCCACCAGCGGGAUCUUGUCACGUAACGCCUGUCACUUACACAGCAACUUGUACUGCUUCUGCAUUGACAGAGACAAGAACCAUUUGCAGUCAAAAUGAGUGCUUCGCAACCACUGAAGUACAUACUGCACUUUCACCAUCUACUGACUCUGUUAAAUGGACUUCUACUGAGGUACAGACCAUUUGUCCAACUCAAACCGUGUGCUACACUACCACCGUAACACAUGUUGCCCCAACCGGUACGACCACUUCCAUGAGUCAAGGCAGUGACUACAAGACACCACAGGCUCAAUCGCAGAGCGCCACGAGUACUACCCAAACUGCAAGUGUCAACUCCCAGGGUACCUCUAUUGCUAAUUUAGGAAUGCAAGUUAAGGCUAGUUCGGCAUUAUUCUUGAUUCCAGUGUUGAUGCUCAUUUAA